AUGCGUUUCCAGGUGGUCACCGAUCCUGGCUCCAUGAGGCGCUCGUUUUCUACCAUCCGAGACAAGCGGACUAACACUUCCUGGUUAGACGAGUUCUCCAUGGAAAAAAGCAGUGAAAACACCUACAAGUCCCGACGGCGUAGCUACCAUUCUGCGCUACACCUGUCUUCGCGACGCCUCAACACAGACUCAGGUUAUAAAAAGAUCACCGCACGUCACCUCGUCCCAAAGUCAUUCCGUUUAACGUCUCCGGGCAAUCACAAAGGAAAAUACCGCUUUGGCGUGAACUUGAUGAAACCCAUCCGGACGACUUCCAAACAUCCGCACCCGAUAGACAACGCUGGGCUUUUCUCCUACACGACUUUCUCGUGGCUCACACCCAUGGCACGGGUCGCCUACAAGAAGGGAGAGCUGCACCCGGAUGACGUGUGGCCUUUGUCGAAGCAGGAGUCUUCAGACGUUACCUGUCGAAGAUUAGAAAGGCUGUGGCAACAAGAGUUGCAGGAACGCGGGCCCGAGGAAGCCUCUCUCCGGAGGGUGGCGUGGGUCUUCUGCCGCACCCGGCUCAUCAUUUCCAUAGUCUGUUUGAUGGUCACGCAGCUCGCUGGCUUCUGUGGUCCAGCCUUCGUUGUGAAACAUCUCCUUGAGUACACCCAGGAGGAAGAACCUAACCUUCGGUACAGCCUGCUGCUGGUGUUUGGGCUGCUCAUGACGGAAAUAGUGCGUUCCUGGUCCUUGGCUUUAACGUGGGCUUUAAAUUACCGCACCGGGGUCAGACUGCGUGGCGCUAUCCUGACCAUGGCUUUUAAGAAAAUACUCAGGCUGAAAAAUAUCAAGGAGAAGUCCUUGGGAGAGCUCAUUAACAUAUGCUCCAACGAUGGGCAGAGAAUGUUCGAGGCUGCUGCCGUUGGCAGUCUGCUGGCUGGAGGUCCGAUCGUUGCCAUCCUCGGGAUGAUUUAUAACGUCAUGAUUCUGGGGCCCACCGGCUUCUUGGGAUCAGCCGUCUUCAUCCUCUUCUACCCGGCAAUGGUGAGUAGGCGACCGUCAGCGUCCACUGGCAAACAUAUCUGCAUUGCUGUGUGUGUGUGCCUUGCCGCUUUGAAUAUGGCUUCAUUUGUGUGUGUGUUUGUGUACUCCACAUUAACAGAAAUCAGAGAAGAGGAACGCAGAAUCUUGGAACGGGCAGGCUACUUCCAGAGCAUCACCGUGGGAGUGGCUCCCAUAGUCGUCGUCAUUGCCAGCGUGGUGACCUUCUCUGUCCACAUGUUCCUCGGCUAUGACCUCACAGCUGCUCAGGCUUUUACGGUGGUCACAGUGUUCAAUUCAAUGACCUUUGCUCUGAAAGUCACCCCGUUUUCUGUGAAGUCUUUGUCCGAAGCCUCUGUUGCCGCUGACCGAUUUAAGAGUUUGUUUCUAAUGGAAGAGGUUCAUAUGGUAAAGAAAAAGCCCUCCAGCCCUCUCACCGCCAUAGAGGUGAAAAACGCCACCUUGGCCUGGGAGUCCUCCCAUGCCAGUGCCCAGAGCUCACCCAAGAUGACCCCUAAGCUGAAAAAGGACAAGAUGGCCAAGGGCAAGAAAGCGAAGGCCAAGGCCCAGCAGCGGGAGGGGCAGCAGGCCACGCUGGCCGAGCAGAAGGGCCACCUCCUCGUGGACAGUGACGACCCCCCCAGCCCCGAGGAGGAGAGCAAGCCGCCCCACCUGGCGAACGUCCGGCUGCAGAAGGUGCUCUACAACAUCGAUCUGGAAAUCGCGAAGGGGAAGCUUGUUGGGAUUUGUGGCAGCGUGGGCAGCGGGAAGACCUCACUCAUUUCGGCCAUCUUAGGACAGAUGACGCUGCUGGAAGGCGGCAUUUCUGUGGACGGAACGUUUGCCUAUGCGGCCCAGCAGGCCUGGAUCCUGAACGCGACUCUCAGAGACAACAUCCUCUUUGGGAAGGAGUUUGAUGAAGAAAGGUAUAAUACUGCGCUGAAUGACUGCUGCCUCAGACCUGACCUGGCCAUCCUGCCAAACGGGGACCUGACGGAGAUUGGUGAGCGCGGCGCGAACCUGAGCGGGGGACAGCGCCAGAGGAUCAGCCUCGCCCGGGCCCUGUACAGUGAGAACAGCAUCUAUAUCCUCGACGACCCUCUUAGUGCCUUGGAUGCCCACGUCGGAAACCACAUCUUCAACAGUGCCAUACGGAAGCACCUGAAGUCGAAAACGGUCUUGUUCAUCACUCAUCAGUUACAGUAUCUCGUGGACUGCGACGAAGUGGUCUUCAUGAAAGAGGGCUGUAUCACCGAGCGGGGAAGCCACGAGGAUCUGAUGAACCUGAACGGGGACUAUGCGGCCAGUUUUAACAGCCUGCAGCUGGGAGAGACGCCGCACAUUGAGAUAAACGUAAAGAAAACUGCGAGCAGUUCAUUGAAAAGGCCACAAGAUAAAAGCACCAAAUCAGGAUCUGUGAAGAAAGAGAAACUGGUCAAGAAGGAAGAAGGCCAGCUGGUGCAGUUGGAAGAGAAAGGCAAAGGCUCCGUCCCCUGGUCGGUCUACGGCGUCUACAUCCAGGCAGCCGGCGGGCCCAUCGCCUUCCUCAUCAUCGUGGCGCUCUUCGUCUUGAACGUGGGCAGCACCGCCUUCAGCAACUGGUGGCUCAGCUACUGGAUCAAGCAAGGCAGCGGGAACACUACUGUGACGCUGGGAAACGAGACGGUCGUGAGCAGCAGUAUGAAGGACAACCCUCACAUGCGCUACUAUGCCGGCAUCUAUGCCCUCUCCAUGGGGGUCAUGCUGGUUCUGAAAGCCGUGCGUGGUGUCGCUUUCGUCAAGGGGACGCUGAGAGCCUCCUCCAGGCUCCACGAUGAGCUCUUCCGGCGGAUCCUGCGCAGCCCCAUGAAAUUUUUCGACACCACGCCGACCGGACGGAUUCUCAAUAGGUUCUCCAAAGAUAUGGACGAAGUUGACGUCCGCUUGCCAUUUCAAGCUGAAAUGUUCAUCCAGAACGUCAUCCUGGUAUUCUUCUGCGUGGGAGUGAUCGCCGGCGUCUUCCCCUGGUUCCUGGUGGCCGUCGGGCCCCUCGUCAUCCUUUUUAUGAUCUUGCACGUUGUGUCCAGAGUUUUCAUCCGAGAGCUGAAACGCCUGGACAACAUCACGCAGUCUCCAUUCCUUUCUCACAUCACGUCAAGCAUUCAAGGCCUGUCAACGAUCCAUGCCUACAAUAAAGGGCAGGAAUUCCUGCACAGGUACCAGGAGCUGCUGGAUGACAAUCAGGCUCCGUUCUUCCUGUUCAGCUGUGCCAUGCGUUGGCUUGCCGUGAGACUGGAUAUCGUCAGCAUUGCGCUCAUUACAACCACAGGGCUGAUGAUCGUCUUGAUGCAUGGGCAGAUUUCCCCUGCUUAUGCCGGGCUGGCCAUCUCCUAUGCUGUCCAGCUGACAGGCUUGUUCCAGUUCACUGUCAGGCUGGCUUCAGAGACGGAGGCCCGUUUCACUUCUGUGGAGAGGAUCAACCACUAUAUCAAGACACUUUCCCUGGAGGCUCCAGCUCGGAUUAAGAACAAAGCGCCCCCUCCCGACUGGCCUCAGGAAGGAGAAGUCAUCUUCGAAAAUGCAGAAAUGCGGUACCGGGAGAACCUCCCGCUCGUCCUCAAGAAAGUGUCCUUCACCAUCAAACCCAAGGAGAAGAUUGGCAUCGUAGGGAGAACGGGGUCAGGGAAGUCCUCUCACUUCCGCUUGGUCGAACUCUCUGGAGGCUGCAUUAAAAUCGACGGCGUGAAGAUCAACGACAUCGGCCUGGCGGAUCUCCGGAGCAAGCUCUCCAUAAUCCCCCAAGAACCCGUGCUGUUCAGUGGAACUGUGAGGUUCAAGGCGGCUCGCGACCAUUAAUCAACGCAAU